AUGACAGUUGGCGCUUUUGAGGAUUUCUCUGGUCUUAAUUAUUUUGACGUUCGGGUAUCCAAUCUCACCACCGUAGUAUCUUACGAUUUCGUAACUUUCCUAAAUCAACCUCAAGUAAUGAAGGCACUAGGUGCUAAGUCUUCAGCCGAAAACUGUAACUGCGAUAUCUAUUGGGCAUUUCAAGCAGCCGGAGAUGGAGGCCGGAGUUUCAAGAAUCAUGUCGGUUAUCUCCUAGACCGUGGUAUUCGUGUCCUCACCUAUAAUGGCGAUGCUGAUUAUAUUUUAAAUUGGUUUGGCACGCGAAACUGGACAAACGCGCUAGAAUGGAAUCACAAAAGGGAGUUUAAUAACGCCUCAUUUGAAGAAUGGUUUGUGAAAGGGAAACCUGCAGGACAAUAUCAACAGGCAAAUGGCUUUUGGUUUGUAAGAUUUUAUGAUUCUGGUCAUGUGGUUCCUUAUUAUCAGCCUCUUCGUUCACUCUAUAUGUUUGAAAAAUGGGUUAAUUUGUUGAGUCU